AUGGCAGAGGCUAAUAAACAGAAUAUACCCCAGGAGGGUACCAGCGGCGCUGGAGAAUCCCUCCCCACCGCACCGGUUCAGCCGGGGGUGGGCAGUCCCAUGUAUUCUGGGGGGGACAACCUAGGCCAUGAGUGGGAGAGAGAGAGAGAAGAGGAGUUGGAUGUGGAGAUAGAGAGGAGACAAAUGGUGGAGAGGCUAUUGUUGGAGUUGGAAGGAGAAGCUAUGGAGGGACUGGACUCGGAAUUUUCUGGUUCGAGUCUCUCCCUAAACUCGGAAACGGAUAUGGACAGCAACAUAAGUGGCACACCUAUGCCACAAAGAAGGUCUCAACGAAAGAGAAGAAUAGUUGAGAAAUCCAAACUGGACUCGGACGAUGACGCGCCUGAAAUUAUAUUUAAGGCUCCGGCGCAGAAGCCCGCCAAAACAUCUACGGCUAAGAAGACACCCGUCUCUAAAAUGGGUACUACUACCGGACAGACAGGGGCAAAGGCUACUCAGGCCAUCCCCCAAAAGAAGACUAUGGAGGAGGCGGCAUCAGUCGCCGGAACAUCAAGACCCUCGACGUGCGUUGCCGGAGAUUCCCACCAGAAGGAGCUGCAACGCGCGGAUAUGCUUGGGGCCACGAUUGAGGAGGGGAUUACGGCGAUUCUGGAGGAAAUUGCCAGGUCUAAGAAUCUGAAAGGCGGUGUUAUUAAAAACAUCAAGGACGCUGCCAAGACCAUCCGGGCGGCGUCCGAGACGCUGGUCGAACGAUCAGCCACUGUAGAGUGUGCGGAACUCCGCAGAGAGAAUGCCCGCCUAUCGCAGGAACUGGCUAAUCAACGCCAGCUCUUAGACGCGAUGCGCCAGGAAUGUGGAAAGAUGCGCGCUGAUAUGAUCGCUCUACAGCGCCAAGUGUACUCCUCUCCGGAUACACAGAUGGGUCGUCUUCAGACGAAUAACGAAGACCUGGAGCGCCAGGUACAAGAGUACUGCUCCGAAAACGUCCGGCUGAAGCAGCAGGUGAUGGCAGGCAACUGCGAGCUGCGGAAGCUGAGACGAGAGGCGGAGAAGGCAGCGACUGGGACGGCGCCACAGUCGGCGCCGUUACCUAUGGAGACACCUGACGGGACACCGGCCCCUGCUCCAUCUGUGGGGCCUGAGCCGACAGAAGAUGCGGAGACUCGGAUAGUGAGGCGGAUCGGGGAGCUUUUUAACCCCCGGUUUGCUAAACUGGAAGAGGGCCUUCUUCUGGUCAGAGGCGGGAGACCUAUACCCAAAUCGGGUACAUCGAAGGACGCCCCCCAGCUGCCAACUAAACGGGUAGCCCCUGCGGGUACAAAAAAGAAGGGCUCGCUUAGCCAGCCGGCACCAGUCGUCAGGGCCGAAGAACCAGCAGGAGCGCCGCCGCCGCCCAAUGUAAAUAAGGAGGGAUGGGCGACGGUAGUACGGCGCGGCAAGAAGUCCCGGACGACAAAUGCCCAGUCGGCUCCUGCCACUCAGCAGAACACCGCUGAGUCGGCUGCCGCAUUACAGCAGCAAGCGGCGAAGAAGAAGGCUGCGGCAGAGCGUCGCAGAAAGAAGAGGAGGCUCAAGCCUCCAAGCUCGUCGGCGAUCGCUAUAACGAUUGAGCCGGCAGCUGAAGAAGGAGGGCUGACCUAUGAGUCGGUGUUACGAGAGGCGAAGGAGAAGAUCUCCCUAGCCGACCUCGGAAUCACCGACUUAAGGUUCCGAUUGGGUGUGACUGGGUGUCGCAUCCUGGAGGUGCCAGGCGCCGACACCGGCGACAAGGCGAAUUCGCUGGCUGCGAGGCUGGCGGAGAUCGUCCCAGAAGGAAGAGUCCGGGUCACUAGGCCGGAGAAAUCCGCCGAACUACGGAUUAGUGACCUGGACGACUCGGCAACCGCCGAAGACGUCGUCGCCGCAGUAGUGCGGCAGGGGGGGUGCGCUGAGUUGAGCGUUAAGGCGGGCGAAGUCCGGCGUACUCCCUCUGGUGUGGGCACAGUCUGGGUGCGAUGCCCAGUCGCUGCAGCCAAAGCCCUGAUCGAGGCAGGUCGGGUGAAGGUAGGUUGGACGAUGGCUCGGGUGCAAUCACUCGACCCGAGACCCAUGCGGUGCUACCGGUGUUUGCUCACGGGUCACGUGGGCCGACGGUGCACUGCGGGGGAAGACUGCAGCGAUAAGUGCUAUCGCUGUGGUCAGGGUGGCCACAAGGCCGCGAGGUGUGCCGAGCCAUCGCCAAAGUGCUGGUACUGCGCUGCGGCUAACCGCAAGUCGGACCACAGAGUCGGCAGCACUAAACAGUGCCGCUUGCCAAAGGCCAGAGCCGCAGCCGCGGCGCAGGUUACCGGCGGGGGGGGGGAUUCGAUGGACACCUGA